UCACUGUCAAGUCCUUUACCACCGUCUUCUAUAAAUCAGAGCACCCAGAAGGUACUGGAAAGCACUACUAAACCUUAAAUCUUUCAUUACAAUUACAACUGCAUAGGCACUUAAAUACAUCCCAAAUUCAAUCAUUUCCUUACAAACACAAAAACACAGUUAUAAUUUCAUCAUUUCAUUUCAUAAAAUUCCAAUUUGAUACCGUACUACCUAUAUUCGACACUCAAAUACAGUCCAUAUAUACUUCUUUUCUUUUUGCUCACAGCAAACCUUUGUGGAUUUUGAAAAUCAUGGCUCCCAGCAUAACUAAAGCUACCCAAAACCAUGUCAUGGUCACUGAUGAUCUUCAAAAACCAACCUUGAUCAAUUUAAAAGGAUCAAAUCUUAUGGUCAAUGAUCAUUUAAUUUUAUCAGGAGUUCCUUCAAACAUCACACUCACUCCAACAUCUAUAGACAAUAAGAGAGGUUGCUAUCUUGGGUUUAACUCUGAUGAGCCUAAGAGUUACCAUGUGAAUUCUAUUGGUAAACUUAAGGAUACAAGAUUUAUGAGUAUAUUUAGGUUCAAAGUCUGGUGGACAACACAUUGGGUUGGCAAUAAAGGAGGUGAUUUGGAGCAUGAAACUCAAAUGGUAUUACUAGAAAACGAUCCGAAUCGUUCUCGCCCGUAUGUUUUACUACUUCCUCUCCUUGAAGGUUCGUUCCGUGGGUGUUUACAGCCAGGUAAAAUUGAUGAUGGUGUAGAUAUAUGUAUGGAAAGUGGGUCUACCUUAGUUACUCAAUCUGAAUUUCGUGCUUGUUUAUACAUACACGUCGGCACCGAUCCGUUUGUUAUAGUUAAAGAAGCUAUAAAAGUUAUUCGAAAUCAUUCUGAUACAUUCAAACUCUUGGAAGAAAAAACUGUACCUGGUAUAGUUGAUAAAUUUGGGUGGUGUACUUGGGAUGCAUUUUAUACAACAGUGCAUCCACAAGGGGUUUAUGAAGGUGUCAAAAAUUUAGUAGAAGGUGGUUGCCCUCCAGGGUUAGUCCUUAUUGAUGAUGGUUGGCAAUCCAUAGGUCGUGAUGAUGCACCACCUGAUGAAGAAGGUAUGGAUAGAACUGUUGCUGGUGAACAAAUGCCAGCCAGACUCAAAACUUUUCAAGAAAAUUACAAGUUCAAAGACUACCAGAGUAACAAGAAUGAAAAAAACAGCGAAAAGGAACUUCCAACCGCGACAGGUAUGGGUGCUUUUAUCAAGGAUUUGAAGGAAGAUUUUAAGAGUGUUGAAUAUGUUUAUGUUUGGCAUGCUUUGUGUGGGUUCUGGGGUGGUAUAAAACCAAACGUCAAAGGGUUGCCUCAAUCCAAAGUUGUGGGUCUAACGCUUUCACCGGGGUUGAAAACGACUAUGGAAGAUCUAGCCGUUGAUAAGAUCGUAGAAAAUGGUGUUGGAUUAGUUUCACCGGAGGAUGUUCAUCAGAUGUAUGAAGGGUUGCACUCUUAUCUUGAAUCUGUUGGUGUCGAUGGUGUCAAGGUGGAUGUCAUUGAAUUGUUAGAGAUGUUGGGCGAGGAAUAUGGCGGGAGAGUAGCGCUAGCCAAAGCUUAUUACAGUGCAUUGAAUGAUUCAAUGAGGAAACAUUUCAAAGGGAAUGGUGUAAUUGCCAGCAUGGAACACUGCAACGACUUUAUGUUUCUCGGAACUCAGGCGAUCUCGCUUGGUCGCGUUGGAGAUGAUUUUUGGUGCACAGAUCCAGCCGGCGAUACAAGUGGAACUUUCUGGCUACAAGGAUGCCACAUGGUUCAUUGUGCUUACAAUAGUUUGUGGAUGGGAAAUUUCAUACUUCCUGACUGGGAUAUGUUUCAGUCUACUCACCCUUGUUCAAAAUUUCAUGCUGCUUCUAGGGCAAUAUCAGGAGGUCCUAUCUAUGUUAGUGAUUCUGUCGGCCAACACGACUUCAAGCUACUUAAAAGCCUAGCAUUACCUGAUGGUUCGAUCUUACGUUGUGAGCAUUAUGCGCUUCCAACCAGGGAUUGCCUCUUUGAGUAUCCGCUACUUGAUGGUAAGACUAUGCUCAAGAUAUGGAACCUUAACAAGUACACUGGAGUAUUGGGUGUAUUCAACUGCCAAGGAGGAGGGUGGUGUCCUGAAACCAGGAAAAACAGAUUUGCUUUUGAAUUUUCUACGCCUUUAAAAUCCACUAUAUAUCCAACAGAUAUCGAGUGGAAAAAUGGCAAAAUUCCAAUUGCCAUUGAUCAUGUUGAAGAAUUCGCUGUUUACGCUUUCGAGGCCAAGACGUUAGGGUUCUUGAAGACCAAUGAACAUAUUGAAAUUACACUGGAUCCAUUUAAUUUUGAACUUCUAACAUUUUCUCCUGUAAUGAUUAUACCGAAGAAAAUGGUCCGGUUUGCACCUAUAGGACUAGUUAACAUGCUUAAUACUGGUGGUGCAAUUCAAUCCCUAUGCGUCAACCAGGAUUCAAUUGAAAUUGGCGUUAAGGGAACUGGAGAAAUGAGAGUGUUUACAUCUGAGCCACCUAAAACAUGUCGUAUUGAUGGAGAAGAUGUAGCAUUCGAGUAUGAUGAUGAACAAAUGGUAGUGAUUCAAGUUCCAUGGCCUAAUUCUUCUAGUCUAACUCAAAUUGAGUACUUGUUCUAAUCUGUACUAUUUUUAAUUUGGUAAUCUGUAUGUUAAGUAUUUGGUUGAGCUAAAGCUAGUUCAUUUGUAACCCAUAAUAUUGGGCAAGUUCUAGUAUGCGAACAGUUCAGCAAAAUAUUAUUCUACACCAAUUUACUUUUA